UUCACCGUGUGCUGAAGCGGUCGAGCCGCCGCCGCGAGCGGUCCGUGGUCCAGCAGCAGCAGCUGCAGCAGCCGGGAGCGGCCCCACCCAGCGACACGAAUGCCGGGGUACAAGCGGAGGAAGGGCUCAUGCGGCACUUCCACAGGCUGAUUUCUCUGGAGCCGGUGUCCGAGGCUGACGAGUACCCGUCCGGAUCACACCUAGGGCUGGGGGGCCCACUGGGAGGGCCCCUCGGGGACUCCCUCGGGGGGUCCCUCAUGGGCUCCGAGUCACCCCUGUCGUCGGGGCCCUCGUCACUCUCGCCGACCCCCGGCAUCGGCGAUGUCUGGAACGAUAUGGCCGCGGGGUGCGUCACCCCCUCCACGGGGGUGUCGUCGGGGGCCUCGUCGCCCGGCGGCGAGUCGCUGGUCGGCUCGUCGUCGCCCUCCCCCGAGCAGCUGGGGCCGCACGCCGUCCUCUACUGGCAGCUGAUGCGCGACCACCUGCAGCUGCAGCGCGCCUACCAGCAGCUGCAGCAGCUGCAGGCCAGCAGCCGCAACAAGGACCGGCAGACGCGCGCCAAGCUCGAGUCGCAGGUGUACGACCUGAAGCGCGCGCUCUCGCGGACCAGCCGCGGGGCGCGGGCGGGCGCGCAGGCCCAGCACGGCGCGCUGGCCGACGCGCUGCAGGACGUGGUGGAGCUGCGCCAGCGCGAGCAGAGCCUCAACGCCGAGCUCGCCGAGCUGCGAGACCAGAACGAACUGCUCGAGUUCCGCCUCCUGGAGCUGGAGGGCAUCGCGGAUAAGGUGAGUGCCCCACCACAGCAUACGACAUCAGGGGUACAUGGAAAUGAAAUCCAGAUGAUUUUAUUUAUACAGUUUUAUUCGGCGAAACCGCGCAAAAUCCACACAAUCCUUGGAUAGAAACAAUUAUUAUUA